AGCUUUACCGCCGACGUCACAGAAACGGAGCUGGUACCGAGUCGUUAUCCAACCGCGACACCUAAUGCACCAGAACUCGGCCCGCCAUCGUAGAGAAGCGCCUUCCUGGUCUUCCGCCUCCUUCAUGUUAGUCUUUGCCCGUCGGCGCGGCGGUAACGUAACCUGCGGGCGCCGAAUGACGCCACCAACUCCCGGUGAAACGGCGUAAACAGACAUGGCUGCCCGGUAGAGGAGCAGCUGGGGUUGUUCUGGUUGAGCUUUUUGUUCAGAUGUGUUGCUGGUAGAAACAUGGAGAAACCAAGAUCCUCAGACAGAGCAGAGCUGGAAGAGACAACAGGCCUGGUGGAGGAUGGUGAUUUGCCUCAAGGUGCUGAAGGUGGAAAGGUGGAUCCUCGAACCCUGAGGAAGAGCAGCUCCUCCCGCUCUUCCCGUAAGAGUUUCCGUCUGGACUACCGACUGGAGGAGGAGGUGACGAAGUCCUGUCGGGAUAAACAUGGUCGCUGGACAAACCCCUGGCCAACGUGGCGCUUUCCAUCGUACUCUAUGCUGUUCAGAUUUCUGGUGCUGGAUAAAAAUCACAGCAAUGUGCCAACAAGCAAAGAGGUCCUGGACAGUGAACUCCCAGUAUUGGAGCCCUACUUUGUCCAGAAUCCAGAAGCGUUGGACUCUCAUGCUGGUAUGAGGGUAACCUGGCUGGGCCACGCCACAGUUCUGGUCGAAAUGGAGGGGGUCAACAUUCUGACUGACCCCAUUUUCAGCCAGAGAGCAUCAUUUCUUCAGUUCAUGGGGCCCAAACGAUACAGAGGACCCCCCUGCACAGUGGAGCAGCUGCCGAGGAUAGAUGCCGUCCUCAUCAGCCACUCUCAUUACGAUCACCUGGAUGCUGGAUCUGUUGCCAGCCUUAAUACACGCUUUGGAGGGGAGCUACGCUGGUUCGUGCCCCUGGGAUUGAUGGACUGGCUGGCCAAGAUGGGCUGUGAGAACGUGAUGGAGCUGGACUGGUGGGAGGAAAACUGCGUCCCGAGUCACGACAACGUCACGUUUGUCUGCACGCCCUCUCAGCACUGGAGCAAACGGACAGCGUGGGAUGAUAACAGGUCUUUAUGGAGUAGCUGGUCUGUUUUGGGUCCCAACCAUCGAUUCUUCUUCGCCGGCGACACAGGCUACUGUCCGUCCUUCCAGGAGAUCGGACGCCGCUUUGGGCCAUUCGACCUCGCAGCAAUCCCAAUUGGAGCGUACCUGCCCAGGGAUGUGAUGAAGGGACAGCAUGUGGAUCCAGAGGAGGCUGUUCAGAUUCAUCAGGACCUUCAGGCCAAACAGUCUGUAGCCAUACACUGGGGGACCUUCGCCCUCGCCUAUGAGUACUACCUGGAGCCGCCGGUCCGUCUCAGAGAGGCCCUGGAGCAGAGGGGACUGAAACCAGAAUCCUUCUUCACUUUGCAUCACGGGGAGUCCCGGCUCAUCGCCACACAAGACAGAGACGUCUUCGAUUGAUGUCUGCAAAAACAAACAGUGCUCCGUAUUGAUUUCAUUAAAAGACUGAAGAUUUGAGCUCAGCCUAAGUAAAAAUGAAUGUUUUAUGGUGCAGACAUUAACUGUUUGGCAUCUCACAGCUGCAGGAGUUGUAAAUACAAUAGUUUGUACAAGGAUCACACUCUGAUCUAAGGUUAUUCACAAUAUUUGUCAAAAAAAAAAAAGAAUCCAGUCUUAAGAUUUAUUGCAGACAUGACAGGAAGAGAUGACUUACAUGCUGAUUUUCUUAGACCUGAGGCUUCAGGGGGCGUGCACACUGCCUCAGAACCCUUUGAACCCUGAGGAGGAAAAAUAAAGAGUUCAGAGCAGAAAAAGUUUCACAGGUCAGGAGUUAAAGUUAAAACACAUCUCUUCUCUCUAAGAAGCUAGGUUUUUCAGAUUGUGUUGGUUUAAAACUCUAGCUUCACCUUGCAACUUCAGACUCCUACAUAAAGAAUGUUAUUCUUUGAGAUGAGUGCUGCCAUAUAGGAGUUUUUUUGUUGUUUUUUUUUCUGAAUGUGCUACAGCCAAUCCAGAACUGCCACCUGUGAUGUUUACUAUCAACUGCAAUGUCCUGAUAGACUUUUUGUAAAAAACAUGCUGAUGUUGAGCUGGGCUCAACUGGAAAAUGCUUUUGUUGCAGCUUCAGCUAUUUUUUUUUCUUUUUUUGUGCUGUGAAAACAUCAAAGCUGCAUAUCCUCUCACUAAGAGACAAUGAAGGACGGUCCGAAGAGCCCUUCUCUACAAACUUUUACUUCACUGUCCUCAUGUGGCUGUAUAAAGACUACAAGUGCACGGCAUUUAAUACUGCAAAGAUUUGUCAGAUUUAUGCGAUUAUUUCUUUUCAGGUAAUUUUUCCUACAUCUCUAGUUAGACUAUGCUGAAUUACUUUCAACAGGUCUGUAGUUUGAUUAAAAAAACCAUUUCUGCCUGAAAUAAAUAGACUGCCAAAAACCUAAAACACAAAGUUGUAAAAUCUGGACUCCUUAAAAAAACAGUCUCAAAUUUGUGAAAGCUUUAACCUGUUUUAAUUAUGAAACUGAAAUUCAAAAGUAAAUGUGUUUCUCUUUUUUU